AUGAGUCUUCUCAGCACUUCGAUGAGUCUUCUCAGCACUUCGAUGAGUCUUCUCAGUAUUUCGAUGAGUCUUCUCAGUACUUCGAUGAGUCUUCUCAGUACUUCGAUGAGUCUUCUCAGUACUUCGAUGAGUCUUCUCAGCACUUCGAUGAGUCUUCUCAGCACUUCGAUGAGUCUUCUCAGUACUUCGAUGAGUCUUCUCAGUACUUCGAUGAGUCUUCUCAGCACUUCGAUGAGUCUUCUCAGUACUUCGAUGAGUCUUCUCAGUACUUCGAUGAGUCUUCUCAGUACUUCGAUGAGUCUUCUCAGUACUUCGAUGAGUCUUCUCAGUACUUCGAUGAGUCUUCUCAGCACUUCGAUGAGUCUUCUCAGUACUUCGAUGAGUCUUCUCAGUACUUUGAUGAGUCUUCUCAGCACUUCGAUGAGUCUUCUCAGUACUUCGAUGAGUCCCUCAGUACUUCGAUGAGUCUUCUCAGUACUUCGAUGAGUCCCUCAGUACUUCGAUGAGUCCCUCAGUACUUCGAUGAGUCUUCUCAGCACUUCGAUGAGUCUUCUCAGUACUUCGAUGAGUCUUCUCAGUACUUCGAUGAGUCCCUCAGUACUUCGAUGAGUCUUCUCAGUACUUCGAUGAGUCCCUCAGUACUUCGAUGAGUCCCCUCAGUACUUCGAUGAGUCCCCUCAGUACUUCGAUAAUUACUAGUACUUAGUUACUUCUCCACGCUGCCUUUGAGGUCACAUUGUUCAGAGACCUUGAGUUUUCCUGAACACAUCUUAAAAUAAAAAGAGGCGGAGCUGAUUGGCAUCGCAGCGUCUGAUUGGCUGUCAGGACUUUCUGAAAUGCAUGAAGAACCAUCAGGAACAUUUCUUCCUCUUCAUGUAAACACAUCCUCCCUAUCCCUCAUGGAGUUCAUCUCCAUCCUCACCCUGAAACACUCAGCAGGAGGAUGGAGUUCCACAAUAACAGCCUCAGUGUGUGUUCAGGGACUCCAUGUAAUGGAAA